AUUCAUUGCAUAGGAUUUGAAAACAAAUGAAUUGUAUUUGUGUUGAGAAGUGAGUCACGAAUUGAUCGCUAGUUGUGGUCACAAAUACACCACUCGUUCACCAACUGAUCCAUAGGUCACACCAUUUGCAGAGAUAUGUCCGGAUCAGAGGAGACCAGUGUUUACGUGAAUGGACUCAAUAAUAACCAUUCAGACGAUAUGCAGAAUAACUGCAUGAAUGGUGACUUCAAUAUGGAUUCAUUCCUCUUCACCUCCGAGUCGGUAGGCGAAGGACAUCCAGACAAAAUGUGUGACCAAAUAAGUGAUGCCAUUCUGGACGCACACCUGUCUGUGGAUCCCGAGGCAAAGGUGGCCGCAGAGACGGCCACCAAAGGAGACCUCAUCGUUGUCUUCGGCGAAAUCACAUCCAAAGCCACCGUUGAUAUCGAGUCAGUGGUCAGACAGACGGUCAAAAAGAUUGGUUACGACGACCCCUCCAAAGGAUUUGAUUACAAGACAUGUCGAGUGGAGAUAGCGAUUGAACAGCAAAGCCCUGAAAUCGCUUCUGGAGUUCACCAGAACAAGAGGGAGGAAGAGAUCGGCGCCGGAGAUCAGGGACUG